CGGCUCGCGCUGAGAGGUAAAUAGAAGCAGGAUCUCAAAAUGGCGGAGCCAGCGAGUCUCGUACGAGGUGCGACGGUAGCGGCGCCGCCAGCGCCGCAGCAAGAGCCCUUCGCUUCGAACCUAGCAGCGGAUGGCAGAGCCUCUCAGCGUGGCUUCCAGCCGGCCGCCAAGCGCGUGAAGGGAGAAGAGCGGGGCCUCAAAGGCCCGAAGCGCGUUAACGGCGAGGGCGGAGGCAGCAGCAAUAGGCAGCCGCCACAGCCGCCACACAUACCAGUGGCGCCAACCCCGGUAGGUCACGGGAGCCCUGCCGUGUGGAGCCUCACAGCGUUUUCUUCGGGAGCCUGUGCUGGCGGCACGACCAGCGGCGGGUCAUUCGUUUUCCCGCCUCAAUUGCCCCACAAGUUGCUUCUGCCGCCGCCCUCUUCCCACUCCCACCAGUGCUUGGCCGCAGGCGUUGAUGGAGGCGGAGGCAGCAGCAGCAGCAGCAAUAGCAGCAGUGGUGGUGGUGGUAGCACGAGCAAGAGCAAGAGGCCUAAGGAGAAACGCGACAAGGAGAAGAGGAAACUUGGAGCCCUGCCUGUGUCGGUGGCGGCAAUGGGGGGAAUAGGAGGAGGCGGCGGCGGCGGCCUGAGCACGACUGGUCGGGAGGAAAACGGCGACGUGAAGAUGUUGCUCCAACCGCAGCAGCAGCACCACCACCACCAUCACCACCACCGUCAGGAAGAUCAAAUCGUCAGAGAUAAAAUCACUGAAAGGGAUAAGGAAAAGCAGAAAGAAAAGAAGAAACACAGGUUAAUGUCUGAAAUCAAGAAAGAAAAUGGAGAAAUGAAACUAUUUCAGAAAGGUGUGAAGGAAAAACCAAAAAGCAAUUCAGAAGAUUUACAGGUUAAAAAAGUAAAGAAGAAAAAGAAAAAGAAACAUAAAGAAUGUGAAAAGAGGAAGCGUCCAAAAAUGUACAGUAAAUCUAUUCAGACCAUCUGCUCAGGAUUGCUUUCUGAUGCUGAGGAUCAAGACGCCAAAGGCAUAGUUGAUAAUCACCUUAAGGAUUUCAAUGGAAAAAAUAUGGAUCCCAAGAAGGACUCUGAGUACAAGAUACGAGAGAACAGUGAGUUUCCAUUUGUCUCAUUAAAGGAGCCACGGGUUCAAAAAAAACUCAAAAGGUUGGACACGUUGGAGUUCAGACAGUUCAUUCAUAUUGAGCACCAGCCUAAUGGAGGUGCUUCAGUUAUCCAUGCCUACAGUAACGAACUCUCCCACUUGUCUCCUGUGGAGAUGGAGAGAUUUGCAGAAGAAUUUGUGGGUCUGGUUUUUAGUGAAAAUGAAAACUGUGCAGCUUACUAUGUAAUGGGAAUUGUUCAUGGGGCAGCUACUUACUUACCUGACUUUUUGGACUACUUUUCAUUUAAUUUUCCCAACUCGCCAGUGAAAAUGGAGAUUUUGGGAAAGAAAGAUAUAGAGACAACAACUAUGUCAAAUUUUCAUGCUCAGGUAAAAAGAACAUAUUCCCAUGGUACAUAUAGAGCUGGCCCAAUGAGACAAAUCAGCUUGGUUGGAGCAGUGGAUGAGGAAGUAGGGGACUACUUUCCAGAGUUCCUUGAUAUGCUGGAAGAUUCACCUUUCUUAAAAUGUACUUUGCCAUGGGGGACACUUUCUAGUCUGAAACUAGAGAGUCGAAAAGAUAGUGAUGAUGGUCCCAUCAUGUGGGUACGUCCAGGAGAACAGAUGAUCCCUGUGGCAGACAUGCCAAAGUCACCUUUCAAAAGGAAAAGAACUACCAAUGAAAUAAAAAACCUGCAGUACCUACCUCGUACUAGUGAGCCUCGUGAAAUGCUUUUUGAAGACAGGACACGAGCCCAUGCAGAUCACAUAGGACAAGGGUUUGAACGACAAACUACAGCUGCUGUAGGAGUAUUAAAGGCAGUGCAUUGUGGAGAGUGGCCUGAACAACCUCGUAUAACCAAAGAUGUAAUUUGCUUUCAUGCAGAAGAUUUUUUAGAGGUAGUUCAACGAAUGCAACUAGACCUGCAUGAACCUCCACUUUCACAGUGUGUCCAGUGGGUUGAUGAUGCAAAACUUAACCAAUUACGAAGGGAAGGCAUUCGAUAUGCCAGAAUCCAGUUGCAUGAUAAUGAUAUUUAUUUUAUUCCAAGGAAUGUUGUACAUCAAUUCAAGACAGUUUCAGCUGUGUGCAGUUUGGCUUGGCAUGUUCGGCUCAAGCUUUACCAUUCAGAGGGAGAAAAUCAAAGCAUCUAUGAAAAAGCCCCACCAACAGAUCCUACAUCUACUGUUGUAGGGCUUCAGACUGACAAUGUAAUCCAUACAGCAAACAUAAAUGCCUCUGAAGACACCAAAUUUUUAGGCAGCUUGCAAACUAAAUAUGUAAAACAGGAAUUUUCAUGCACACAACAUGAACCUGCUGCCUCUCUCCAAAUUAAAGAGGAAUCAGUUACUGUUAAUCUUCCUGAAAAGACAAUAGUAUCCAAUGCUAUGGAAUGUCAAAAUGUUAAAGCAAAGCUGGAUCAUGGUCAGUUGACAGGGUCUAAGUUUGAAACAGACUCCGAAUUUGAACCUGAUGACAAAGACUUGCAGGACAGCUUAUGCCCAGGGCGUCACGUGAAUCUGGAGGAUACAAGACAAAGCAGUUCAGCAUAUCCAAGUCUGCAUGGCAAACAAGAAGAUGACUUCUUGUGUUGAAGUUGUUGUACAUAUGUUUUUAAAUUCCUUUUUAAACAUGACAUAAUAAUGUAAAGAUGCUUAAAUUCUGUGAGGCAAGUUUGUUACUUGUCAUCACAUCUGUUACAGAAAAUAGUUUAUGUAGCUUUGUAACAUUCCUCAGUGCCUGUCCAUAACUGUGAAAGUAUCAAAGCACUUAGGGCCAGAUGCACUGUAAACACUGCAGGUGUAACAUAAAAAAAGUCUUUAAAUAUGAGUUGUAGGUUUUAGAAUAGAGCUGACAUUUAACAUAUAUUUUUUGUAAGAUAAGCCAGAAUUCUUUUUGACAAUUCCAGGCUUUUCCAUAGAGCUUAUUUAUACCAAUUUUUUUUCUUUUUAAUGUGUCAGCACUGUAGUGUAAAUAGCUUUUUUAAAAGAAAUCUUUUUAGUGUGAUUUAUAUUGAAAUGUGAGCCACUUAAUAAAGGUUCAUAAUAACAAUAAUGGGUUUUAUUUUUGGGUUCUUAAACAGAAAAGUCAAAACUUCUAAGCUAAUUUUUUUAAUGCAAAAAAGUGAAUAUUCUUAUGAUGGAACCAAAUGCUUAGAUGCAUUUAAGUUAGAUAGUCUUUCGGAUGAAUUUCCACAAAAUCUCACUUUGGAUGAGAAUUUUGUGUGGUGGUUAAACAUGCAAUGUACUUACCUUGUCAUCUUUUUUUUUAAGGUACUUUGAUCAUAAUGCUUUAAUUGUGAUAAGCUUCAGAACGAACAAUUGUCAGUUAUAAUUUAUUUGAAAAUAGAUUGCCUUAAAUGUUGUGCUAAAUCUAGGGGGGCCAAUCCAGCUUCAGUUAGCUUUGAGUAAAUCCCACUAAACUCAAUGGCACAACUUGUUACUCAGUAAAUCCUACUGCUUUCAAUGGAACGUAGUGAUGAUUAACUUCAAGUGGAUUUAGGCUAGGAAGUGCCUUGCCACCACAUCCAUCAUUGCUCCCCUGCAUAGAGAGAGACUGGCAUAAGUUAGAAAAAGUUUUUAAAACAUAGCAAAAAAUAUUGGUUGGAAUUCUUUGGUGUGUUGGGCAGGGGUACUUGUAACCACUGGGUGUAGUUCUUGAUGUUUUGUUUUGAAUCCUGAAAACUCUGGAAAAUGAAGGGAACAUCAGACAUGCAGAGAUAGGAGUCCAAGGAUGGAUGGCAACUGGAGGCCAAAAGCACAGUCAGAAACAUACUCUUGGGCUGUUUGAGUGUAAAAUUGGAUACAAUCAUCUCUAUCCAAUUUUAAGCACCUGUAUAUACCUAUUACUAGAAUGCCCCUUAAUUUAAUGCAAUUCAGAAUCUUUUUUUUUACUAAAGCACAAUUGGGCAGAGUUUAAUAUUUUGUUUUAGCACUUAGUUUUUGAGAUGGCUUUGAUGGAUGCUGCCUUGACAAGUCUGAGCAGCCUAUAGGAAAGUAUGGCCAAGCCUAGGAGUGCCAAGCGUCAUUAGUUGUAAAAGGAGUUAACAUAUAGAUUGGUCAGCUACAUCAUAAUUCAGCAACAUUGCUGGCUUAAUAUCAACUAUUUAGAUUCUAUAAAUACAACCUUCCAUACUGCCGUUUCCAUUUUAGAAGUAAAUAAACUCGUGCUGUGCUGAAUCCUGUCCCCUGUUUUCAGAAAUUUUCUCUCUCCUUGCCUAUAAUGUAUUAUUUUUUUCUGCCUCUUUUGCAGGGAGAGGGAGAAUUUGAGAAUUUUCUCCUUGGGUAGGGAGACAGUUUCCACAUACCUUUUUAAAUUUAAGAAGUAACUGAAGGAUCUUCUAUUUUAUUUACUUGAAAAAUGCCCUGAGCAGGAGACUCUUUCCAGAGGAGCUUUCCAGCCCAGUAGCACUUCUUGAACUCGUGUGAGAACAUGAGAUUCACCCUCUCCUAUAGGCAGUCAGGAAGAAUACUCAGGCUGCAGAAGCUUUACAAAGAAUCCCAGUCUGUUGCAAAGCAAGAACAAAUUAGACUUUUGGAUCUUCAGAAAAAACUUAUCUUGCUUGCUCUAUAUUGCUGCAAAGAAGAUAAUGUUUCUAAAGCUCUAAAAUCCUGUUUGUUCUUGCUUUCCAGAGCUUCAGCAGCCCAGGAGCUCUUUCUCAAUGCCUCUAUAGGAGAGGGUGCAGUCAUGCAGUAUCUAGGGAAUUCAGAAAGAACUGCCAAGCUUUAAAGUUUUUUAAAAAUAGAAAAGAUUCUUAGCCACUUCUCCAAAGAGAAAGUUACUUGAAAUUCUCACCUCUGAAGUCUCUCUCACCAGUGUUUUCAUUUUGCCACCCAUCCCAAAAUGGAAGCACAGCCACACUUGGAAAAAAAUCAGGGGAAGAGCACAUGAUUUGCUUGUAAGAAGUCCUAGCUUCAAUUCCUGGCAUCUUCAGGUACUGCCAGGAAAGAUUCCUUUCUUGAAAUCCCAGAGACCCACUGCCAGUCUGUGUAUACUGAUGGACCAUGGUUUGACUCAGGACAAUGCAGUCUUCCAUGAAUUGUACCACGUCACAAUGCAGGUGGGAAAUUGAUGAAUGUUGGGGAGUUUUUAAAGAUCUCUUCAACUUGCUCUCCUUCAACUAAUACUUCUAGCAACUGGCAUUCAAUUAUGUAUGCUUUCACUCAACUCUCCACUUCGUUUCAAUUGGGAAUUUUUAGAAUUUGCACAAACUCAGCUAAGUACAAUACAGCUGGAUUUCUUAUAGUAGGCAGUCUCUUUUUUGUUUCCUUGAACAAUCUGCAACUCUACAGUGUCCAGCCAACUUAAGCCCUGAACAAAGUUUGUGUGAUUUGACUUCUUCCCAUAAACAUUAACACUGCAUCAACUCAAAACUUCACAUUUUAAAAAAUACUUUUAUCUGGCCCUAGACAAUUUUCUAGACAGAAAUCAUUUACAGUAGAAGUUUUCAGCUUGGGGUUUAUAUUUGCAUCAAAACACUUGACAAUUAGCUAGUAGCACUGACAUAAGCAGUUAAAAAUAAUAAUUCCAGCUGUAAUCCUAUGUACACAUAGCUGGGGGUUAAGUAGCAAUUCACACAAUGGGGCUUACUCCUAAAUACAUAUGGAUAAGAUUUAAGUUUUCAAAACAAGUUUUUGUUAGUUUUUCAGAAAAUGAAAUUGACGUUGUAUGUUCUGGGAUAAGGUGGAGACAUGGAUACUAAUAUAUCCCGAGAUGUCCUGACUCUGACCAGUUCUUAUUAAUAGGAACAUUAUGGGGGGGGGGGUUUCUCACAACUUUCAACCACACAUCUUUAGUGCUACUGUAGCAAGGGACAUCUAUUGGUAAAGCUAGCUGGUGCACCAUCAAAACAAAUAAAAUAGCAAAUACUAUAA